AUGGCGGGCUCUAAGGAAACAUCCAAGCGCACCAACUUUGUGCAUCAAGACGAAAUCUGGAAAGCACACGUAACAUUUGAGAAGGAUUCAGGCAAAGCCUGGCCCAAUAAAUGGGGCUUCUUGACGGAGAUUUAUAAAGAGUAUGACACGAAGAAUCAGGAGCUAAAAGAAGGCCUCAAACAGACACUCCCUCCUCAACCGACAGUUCCACCUUUCAUUCCUCCACAAAAAUACACCGUUGUGGGCCCCUCUCCUCCUGUUCCUCACACAUCUCAGGCUUUCAUCGGGUGGCGUUCUGGUCACUCACAUCUUCAGCUGGAAAAGUACAGUAUAGUGCAUCAUGGGAGGCGUAGUUUUUUGAAGGAGUUGGGUUGGCCUCUGGAUGCUUGCAUCUGA